GCAUUUUCGUACAGUAUUCUUUUUUCAGUUGUUUUUAUAGUGUAGAAAUGUUAUACUAUCUGAAAAAUAGCGUAGUUUUGUAUAAUUACCAUACUUUGAAAAUGGGCACUAGAGUUACUCCUUCUGCUAUACACUUUGCUGAUAAAGCUUUAGCAGGUGUACCGAGGCUCCUGGAUGAUUUGCAGAGACUUGUGGAAGAUCGAGAAACUGCUGAUAUUGUAUUCAUUGUGGGUCGAGAAGAGGUUCCUAUUUAUGCCCAUCGGCUUAUUCUCCGAGCAAGAUGCACAAGUUUCCAGAACGUGAAGCGAGGUGAGAUAUGUAAAGUACCUGGUUCCACUGUAUCGCCUGCACCGCCUGGAACACCUACGCCCAUCCGUUUGCCGCAUGCAAAACCAGAGGUCUUCAGAGAAGUCCUUUUCUAUCUUUAUACUGGGAAGGUAAUCCUUCAAGAUUGUACAGUUUUUGAGAGUCUGUCGAUUGCUCAAGAACUGGGUAUAGAUGAGCUUCGCAUGUGCUGCGAAGAUCACAUCAAUAGCACUUUGAAUGUUCACAAUGCCUGCACUUUUCUUCCAGCAUGUUUGGAAAUGGAAAAUCGAGUACCAGGAAAUAAGAGUGGUCGCUCAUUCCUCGAUCGAUGCACCGCGUACAUAGGAGAAAAUGCCAUGGAAUGUGUCAAAACCUCUGCUUUCUUGAAUCUUCCUAAGGAUGCCUUGAUUCAUCUUGUAUCAUCUGAUUACUUAGCUAUGGAAGAAGAGGAUGUGUGGAGAGCAGUUCUUGCUUGGGCGAAACAUCAAGCUGGCGUGACUCAACCGACAGCACACUGGACUGAAGAAGAAAGAGCCCGGAUUACUCAACAAAUGUCUGGAGUCAUAAACUAUGUUAGAAUACUGCUGAUUGACAGUCAAGUAUUUGCUGAAGAAGUGGAACCUACUGGAGCUGUUCCAAUGGAAUUAUCAUUAGAAAGGUAUCGAUUUGCUGCAUUGCCCAACAAGUUCACCCAUUCUGAAGACAAACGAAUCCAGCCACGAACAUCUCUUAAACUCUUUCAAGGUUCACAGUUACUCAGUGGUGAAAAGCUUCACCUCCAGAGAAUUUUGAAUUCAUGGUUUGGGAAUUCGAAACAAAUGUGGAGACUUCUUUACAGAGCAUCAACUCAUGGUUAUACUGCUGAAGCUUUUCAUUAUCAUUGUGAUGGGCACAAUCCUACUUUUGUUAUUGUACUUGGUUCUCAUGGAGAAUUAUGUGGUGGAUUCAGUGAUGUCCCUUGGGGAAAAACAAGAGGAAGAGGACGUUAUGUACCUUCUGAUAAAGCAUUUUUGUUCACUCUUAUUAAUAAUGCUGAUGUCCCACCUACAAAAUUUGAGGUUGUGAAAAAAAUGUUCGCUAUUGCUCCUCACCCAGAAUAUGGACCUAUAUUUGGUGCUGGUGCUGAUCUUUGCAUCUCACACAACUGUAAUGCAAACCUAGAGAGUUACUCAAACCUACCUCAUUCCUAUGAUGGAGAAAAUGCAUCAUGCACAUUACUCAUGGGAGACUAUAAUUUUACUGUACUGGAUUAUGAAGUAUUUACUACAUUAGGAAAAUAAUACAUCAUUAUUGGUCAACAUUUUUAAGAAGAAAUAGUUCCAGAUGUCUCAAAGGAAGAAAUAUUUUGUCUGAGGAAUUGAAUCUUUUAUACUUGUUGGAUAGAAUAAGGCACUGAAAAGCACUUUUUCUUUUAUAUUGUUAUAUCAAUGUUAAAGGUUAGCGAUAUUUUUGGGAGGUGGAAUCUUAUUAUUUUGUGUAUUUAGGGAAUGGAGCAGUUAUUUUUUAUGUGGAAUUUUAUAUGUAGUGGUAUUUACUUAAAUAAGCAACACUGUAAAUUCGAUUUGUUUCAUAUUUACAAAUCUAGGAUUUUAUAAUUAAUUUGAUGUUCUAGAGUUUUGAAAUUUUGUGUAAUUGCAUAUUCUCAGUGUCAACACACUACUUUAAUGUUUACAGAAUUCUUGGCUAUUCCAUUAAUUUGACUAAAUUUUGAUCUCAUCUCAAUGGUGGUACUUAAAAGUGCAUUAACUAGUUCAAGGUUUUAGCAUUUUAAUAAAAAUUGAUAAUUAUUAAAAUGAACAAAUUUUACCUUUUAACAUCUAAUAAAAGAAUUUUUUCAUUAUUUCAGUAGCUUUAAGUUAGUUUUUACCUCUCUAUUUUUAAAGGAUUUCCUUUUUAGUUUGAAAUUGCUGACUCAAAUGUGAUCUAAUCCUUACAGUAUUGGGGAAAAUUUUGUAUUGGAUAUCACAAAUUUGUAGUUUUGAAAUGCUGAUCUUCAUAAUUGACUGCAUAUGAUUGCUACAUAACAAGACUUUUAAAUUUCACUUUAGAAUGGUCCUUUAAAAAAAAUUAUGGACACUUGCUUCCAGAUUUAAACUUGACAAAUUUGAUUUAAACUUGCUUUAACUUGAUUUAAACUUGCAUACAUAUAUAUAUAUGUAUGCCUCUUGUUCAUUUGCCCAAUUCUGUGGGGGGAUGCCUAAGAAAGAUUAUAUGUAAAUAAUACACCUAUAAAUAUAUGUAUUUACAUUAUAUAAUGUAAAUACAAAUACAUAUUAUAUUUUGUAGAUUAUAUGUAAAUCCAAUAUUGAUCUGACACCUGUUUAGAUGUUCUACAGAAAAAAAAUGUUUUGAUGUGAUUGUUUUGUAUUGGAUUUCCUGGGGCUAAUAAUAAAAAAUUACCAAUAAAAUAUUUUUAGUGCAAAAUAUUUUAGAACUUUAUAAGUAUAUUGAUAACGAAGAAUUUCCUUGAAAAGUUCUGGAUUCAUAAAAUUUUAGUGCUUAUAUAAAAUUUUAGAGAUAAGUAGAGCACAAACAAACUUACCUUAAUUUAGUGUGCUGAAUAAUAGCUUUUAAGAAGUUAAAUCAGCAUUUCAUCUGUAUUUUUUAAUGAAGUGUCAUCCAUGUCUGUCCUGUGAAGGAUCACAGGACAGUUUUCAUAAGUAGUUUCAGCAAACGCAACACUUUGUGUAAAAGCACCAAGCAAAUGAUACCAAGAAUGCUCAUUUCUGACUAUUUUCUUGACCUAAAAAUAUGGAAAAAUGAAAGAUUUAAAAAAAAGUCUCCUGUAGAAUAUAUUUUGCAAUGCAUUUUAUUUCUAUGUGCAUGUUUAAAUUCAGAUGUGCAGAUGCUUAUGAAUUAUUACUCGAACUAAUAAAUUAUUUCAAGAAAUUUUUCCCAAUUGCCUUAUCUAAAUUCUCUCUUUGUAUUAUUUAUGAUUCUGUUAUUGAUUUUAUC